AUGGUGCUGGAGGAAGGCGCGCGGAGCUGCCUGCUUCGCUUUCGCCGGAACCUGGAGCAGGACAUCAAGCCCACCUACCUGAUGGAUCACAUGAUCAGCGAUGGUGUGCUGAGCGGCGAUGAGGAGGAGAAGAUCAUCUCCCAGCCGAGCAGGAAAGAGCAGGCAGCGGCACUCCUGGAACUGCUGCUCAAGAAGGACAACAACACUUUUGUUUCCUUCUAUAAUGCUCUGGUGAAGGAAGCAUACUACGACUUGGCCAAUUUGCUUCUCGGCAACCUUCCUGGCGCGUCACCAAAAUGUUCUGACGAUACUUCCUAUGUCCAAAUAGUUCUGAGUGAAGGCGGCGUCCCUCAGAGGCCGGUGGUUUUCGUCAAUCGACCAGAGUCAAUCAACCGAAUCCGAGAGAAGCUCUACCAUCUCCGGACAGAAUCUGGCUGGGUCACGGUAUUCGGCAUGGCCGGCUCGGGAAAAUCCGUGCUGGCGGCAGAAGCCGUCCGACACCGCAGCCUCAUUGAAGAGUGCUUCCCAGGAGGCGUUCACUGGUUAUCUAUCGGUCAGUUGGACAAAGCUGACCUGCUGGUAAAAAUCCAAGCACUGUGCUUUCGCCUGGAGCAGAGCCUGGACUCCCAGUCCCUCCAGCGACCCCCCACCUCUCUGGACGAGGCCAAGGAACGUCUGCGCUACCUCAUGUUGCGCAGACAUCCCAAAUCUCUGCUGAUUCUUGACGACAUCUGGGACAGCACGGUACUAAAAUCAUUUGAUAUCCACUGCCGCAUACUUCUGACCACCAGAAAUAGAAGCCUUGCUGAUUCAGUGAGCGGUGCUAAAUAUGAAGUCGAGGUAGAGAGUGGUCUGGAUGACAACAAAGCAUUGGAGAUCCUCGCCCUGUACACUAGAAACUCACCAGAAGGUCUGCCCGAGGAAGCCCGGAGCAUUGUGAGGGAAUGUAAAGGCUCCCCGCUGGUGGUCUCGUUGAUCGGCGCGCUGCUCAAAGAGAAGCCCGACCGUUGGAAUUACUACCUGCGGCAGCUACGGCAGAAGCAGUUCAAGCGCAUACGCAAGUCGUCGUCAUACGACUACGACGCACUAGACCAGGCGAUGGCGGCCAGCAUCGAGGUGCUGCCUGACGAACAUCGCGAGUUAUACCGAGACCUAGCCGUGCUGGAGCCGGACAUCAAAAUUCCAGCCAAGGUGUUGUCUAUCCUCUGGGAUCUCGAGCCUGAGGAAGUGGAGGACAUCCUGGAGGAGUUUGUCAACAAGUCCCUAUUGUUUGUGGAUAGUCACAAUAAACCUCAGUUGUACUACCUCCAUGAUCUCCAGCUGGACUUCUUGGUCGAGCAGAAUCGCGCCCAACUGGAGAACCUUCACACUAAGGUGGUGCGUCAGUACCAGCAGUACUACAACGAAGCUCCACCCGCAUCGGGGGACGACGAGUGCCUCUACUGGAUCAGGUUUUUGACCUAUCACAUGGCCAAGGCCAACCUCGUCCAGGAGCUCUACAACCUCAUGUUCUCUCUGGACUGGGUCACCCACAAGGCCCAGAUAUUGGGUCCAGCUCAUCUAAUUAAUGACUUUGUUGAAUACGGGCCCAUUCUGGACAAAAAGAACAGCGACGUGCGCAGUCACUUCCAGGAGUUUUUGUCUCUCAACGGCCAUCAGCUGGAGCAGCGGCCCUUUCCCGAUGUUGUCCAGCUAGCUCUUUCUCAGCCUCAGGUCUCGGAAGUCUACGGACAGGCUCUGCAGCAGGCGCGGGAGCGUUCCAGAAGCGGGAAACUCUACUUUGAUUGGCUAAAUAAGAGCAGUGUGGAGAGCCUCUCCCGGCUGGUGAUCCACCCACACCAGGGCUCCAUCAACGCCGCCUGCUUCUCCCACGACGGAACUAAGAUCGCCUCCUGUGGAGCCAGCAAGACGCUGAAGGUGUUUAGGAGCACAUCUGGUGAGAAAUUGAAAGAGAUCCAAGCCCACGAUGACGAGGUUCUCUGUUGUGCCUUUUCCCCUGACGAUCGUCUUCUCGCAACCUGCUCCAGUGACAGGAAAGUCAAGGUGUGGAAUGUGGAACGCGGCAUGCUGCUGAGGGUCUUCAAGGAGGAGCACGAGGAGCAAGUCAACCACUGCGAGUUCACCAACACGCCGCGUCGCCUCCUUCUGGCAACCUGUUCCAAUGACAGUAUCAUGAACGUCAAGCUGUGGAACCUGAACAAACCCAGCUCGCAGAACACCAUGUUUGGUCACUUUGAACCAGUCAACCACUGUUGUUUCUCACCCGACGACACCUAUCUGUCCACCUCCUCCAACGACGGCACCGUUAAGCUGUUUGACGUGUCCUCCACCAACGAGUGGAAAAGCAUCAACGUGUGGGAGUGGUGCGCAGAUGCCGGCGAGGAGGUUCCAGUCAAGUGCAGUACUUGGACAGGCGACAGCAAGCGCCUGGUGUGCGCCGUCAGGAGUGCCGUGUUGGUGAUGGACGUGGAAACAGCACAGAUGCUGUCGGAGAUCCGAACGGGUCGUCUGAGCAUGGUGCAGUACUGUCACGCGUGUCCCACCAGCAACCUGCUAGCCAUCGCCUUCUCCAACUAUGCGGUAGAGCUGUGGAACCUGGAAGACAAUAAAAAGAUGGCAGAAUGCAGCGGCCACCUGAGUUGGGUCCAGCGAGUCCAGUUCUCCCCCGAUGGUUCUCAGCUUCUCUCUUGCUCCGACGACCAGACCGUCAGGUUGUGGGAGACGAAUAAAGUGCACACCACGUCCGCGGUGCGCCUGAAGAGAGACUUUGACGCUUUGUUGAAUCCUGAAGGAGAUGGAGAACUCGUGGUUUCGGCUGCAGACAACUGCAACAGACUGCAGGUACGUGCUGGCAGAGCGGGUUCGCUGCUGUUUCAGUCAGAGGAGGUGGCUUCGCGAAUCCGAUGCACGUGCUUGUGCAGGGAGCCCUUCGUCGUGGCGUACGGCACAGAAGACGGGACUGUUCAGAUUCUGGCCGUACCUUCCGGCGAGGUUCUCGCCACCCUGCUGGGACACACCAGGACAGUGCUACAUUGCCAGUUCGUCCACGCAGGCCAAACACUAGUCACGUCAUCCGAGGACACCACCAUCAACGUGUGGAAGUGGCAGUCACAAGAGUGCCGAGUGCUGCGGGGCCACAAGGAGCAAGUGAGAUGUUUUUCUCUGCUGUCGCCCGCUGAAACACGACUUCUCUCCUGGUCCUUCGACGGCACCGUCAAGGUUUGGGACCUGGAAAGCGGAGCGGAUCUGCAAGACAUCGAGGCUCACAGGGGAGCCAUUUUGUCUUGUCAUGUCUCCCCUGAUGGCUGUCUCUUCACCACGACCUCUGCUGACAAGACUGCGAAGGUGUGGCGCAGUGAGUCUUGGCAGUGCGUCCACAUUCUCCGCGGCCACCAAGACUGCGUGCGGAGUUGCCGCUUUUCCUGGGACGGGCGACGACUCGCGACUGGAGAUGACAGGGGCGAGAUCCGGCUGUGGAGUGUCACAGAUGGCUCCUUGCUAAAGAUAUGCUCAAGAGACGGAAAGGACGGCCUGGACUCGCUGCACGGAGGCUGGGUGACCGACUUGCACUUCUCUCCGGAUGAUUCUCUUCUGGUUUCAAUCGGUGGAUACGUCAAGUGGUGGGACGUGGACAAAGGCGAGGCCCUGCAGACUUUCUACCCGACAGGAAGCGCGCUAAAGAAGAUCCACGUGUCUUCUGAUUUCUCCACGUUCGUCACCAUCGACAAUGUCGGCAUCCUCUACAUCCUCCAGAGAGUUUUGUGA